AUGGACAAUACCUCCAAUGACUCCCGGUCCGAGGUUUGCGAGACUCGACAGUGGCUCCCCUCGGGCGAAAGCCCAGCCAUCAGCUCCGUGAUGUUCUCGGCCGGGGUGCUGGGGAACCUCAUCGCGCUGGCGCUGUUGGCGCGCCGCUGGCGGGGCGACGCGGGGCGCGGAGCCAGCCGCAGGAACUCCAUCUCCUUGUUCCACGUGCUGGUGACCGAGCUGGUGUUCACCGACCUGCUCGGGACCUGUCUCAUCAGCCCCGUGGUGCUGGCUUCGUACGCGCGGAACCAGACCCUGGAGGCACUGGCGCCCGAGAGCCGCGCAUGCACCUACUUCGCCUUCGCCAUGACCUUCUUCAGCUUGGCCACGAUGCUCAUGCUCUUCGCCAUGGCCCUGGAGCGCUACCUAGCCAUCGGGCACCCCUACUUCUACCAGCGUCACGUCAAGCGCCGCAGCGGCCUGGCGGUGCUGCCAGCCAUCUACGUGGUCUCCCUGCUCUUUUGCUCUCUGCCGCUGCUGAACACCGGGCAGUAUGUCCAGUACUGCCCCGGGACGUGGUGCUUCCUCAAGCACGGGCCCACCAUCUACCUGCAGCUUUACGCCACCCUGCUGCUGCUCCUCAUCGUGGCGGUGCUCGCUUGCAACUUCAGUGUCAUCGUCAACCUCAUCCGCAUGCACCGCCGGAGUAGGAGAAGCCGCUGCGGACCGUCAGUGGGCAGCGGCGGGGGCGGCCCUGCGACCCGCAGGAGAGGGGAAAGGGUGUCCAUGGCGGAGGAGACAGACCACCUUAUUCUCCUUGCUAUUAUGACCAUCACCUUCGCCGUCUGCUCCUUGCCUUUCACAAUUUUUGCAUAUAUGAAUGAAACCUCUUCCCGAAGAGAAAAAUGGGACCUUCGAGCACUUAGAUUUUUAUCAAUUAAUUCAAUAAUCGACCCUUGGGUCUUUGCCAUCCUGAGGCCUUCUGUUCUGAGACUAAUGCGUUCAGUCCUCUGUUGUCGGGUUUCAUUAAGAGCACAAGAUGCAACAGAAACUUCCUGUUCUACACGGUCAAAUGCCAGUAAAUAG